CUAGACCUUUACCCAUUAGAAUAUAGGCGUCUUAGAGGUGAUUUACUAAUGGCUUAUAGUAUUCUUAACACUUCUGGACAUCCUCUUAAACACCUACUUAAGCUUAGUUCGAAUAAUAACCUAAGGGGUAACACCCAGAAACUGUAAACACAACAUAGCAAGACGGAAUGUAGACACAAUUUCUACUCCUUAAGAGUUGUCAAAAGCUGGAAUUCGCUGCCAGCCGAGCUAGUCCAAGCGACUUCUCAGGAGUCCUUCAAGAGGCAACUUGACCUAUUCUUAAGGACCAAGGACAGCAUCACAUUAUGAUUUACCAAUCUCUUUUCCUCUUUUAUUGUUAACAUACCUAGGUUCCUGCCUGGAGGAUUUGGUGAUCCCCUGCUACUAGACACGGAAGCCUGUUAAGCGAAAGCUUCUUCUAUUCCGUCCACAACCAUUUGAACCGGUGUUCGGAGAUUAGAUUGAGAAUACCUAUAUUUCCUUAAUCUGUAUUGUGCUUAUUAACGGUUUUCGUUUUUCUCCACAACUUCCUUCCUGGCAGUUUGGCAGGCCUCUCAGAUUUAUGUAGAUUACAGGAAGUUGUGCGACCCUUCAAUUACAGGUUGGAUUUUCUCCACGUUUAAAGACUAAUCAUAAAAUGGCAUACGUUUAAAAAGAUUGGUGGGAUAUUGACUUAUUUCUAAAAAAUAUUGCGUAGUGGUGUGCAAGUUGUCUCACCUCACUGUUUCAGUAGUACAGGACUGAUAUUGUGAGCACCUAAUGUUGUAUCUAGUCGCAAGGACUUCAGUCUUCAUUAUACUGUUCCAGGAUCUGAGUGGUUUUUGCUUAUAUGAUCAUGUGAUCGUCUGUUGCCUUUGUAUAUAUUCAGUAGUGCUAUUCGAGGAGUUAGGUGUUAUUGUAGCAUGCUUCAUUUGACUGUCUGCUUGGCAUGAUUGUGUAGGAAAGUAGUCAAUAAAGACCUGUCAUUUCUAAGUAGGUGAGGAAUUCGUUGCUCGUCUCGAGAGGGAUUAUUAUACUAUGUUCCUUGGUUCCGCCAAAAUAUUGAACUCACUAGUGCAUGCGUUUCUGGUAAUGAUUGUUGGAUAAGUGGGUUUCGGAGGUCCAGUUUUAUCGUUUUCCAUAAUAUCUUCAAUAACCCUGGUUGGUACUGCAAUAGGUGACGACGCAAUAUGAAAGGAAGACGAUAGUCCAUCAUGACUUGAUUACCUACUGCGAAUGACUAGCUUCUAGUUGAGAACGUCCAUGUCAAAACACUCAGUGAAUAUCGAUCACACUACGAUAAUAUUAAAUGUAGUCACAAGCCAGAUGCUUCAUACGCCCGAGAAUCCUCUAUGCCUUCACUAGAACGAGACGAACCAAGCGACUGUUUAGGAGUAUCCCCAUCACGCUCCGUGACCAACUGCGUAAUGGGGCUUAACUAGAAUGUAUAACCCAGUGAGUAACACACGCAACCGAAAAAGGGUUCUUCCUAAAACCCGUCAUUCCAACGCAUGAAGUAAUCCUCGACAAGUUACACACCAAAGAACAAAUACGCAACAACGGGUUUGUCCUAUCUGAAACACUCAACAUACGUGUCCACACCCCACUUCUUAGUCAGUUCUAAUAGGAAAAUCAACAACCAUGUAAGUACUCAUGGUCUGCCAUCCUUUGCAUGAAAUAGUGACCAGAUCGUACACUAACGGAUUAAUUCGUUUUCACUUUCAUUUGCAUUACCUUUCCAUACCUCGUGAUCCACCCGUGAUUGUCUGUUAGCAUUAGACUUCGAAGAUACCCCUCGAAAAAUGUAUAAAUUAGCGAGAUAAAAACGGAAAAUUUAUAAGGGAUUUAGAAUCUAUGGAUUUGUGGAAAGACAAAGAAUGGAUGCGCCUGCUCCAUUUUAAGCGAUUUUGACCCAUGUCAUUCAAUUCUAACCAUUAUUUGCGAUAAUCAUAUGGACCUUAAUCAGGUAGUCUGUACCUAUUAAAAUGGUUUCCAACUGUCAUUGACUUCAGUUAAUUAGUUUGCAAUUCGAUGUAAACAUCACACAUUUAAGCUCAUGGCUAUUCCGAAUAAAAAUGUUUACAUCACCCUACUACACAAACCGGAAUUAAAUUUCAAAAUAAGGGCUCAGAACAGUUCUCAGUAGCAUAUAUAAAUAUCAUAAUUAAACUUAUCAUUGUUGAAACGGAAAUGUCCGCAAAUAGCUGCUAUUUCCUCACUAAAAAUUCGUUGGUUGAUGUUGACUGAUAAUUUUUUACUCAUGACAAGCAAUCAUUUAUUUGAAACAUGGAACGCUGAUUGCUAGUGACUUUAAAACUCACCUGGUACAUAUCUAUGUAAAAAAUCCUCGUUUUAUUUAUGAACCAGAUGUUUUAGGAAGUUUAUGUGGUAAGACUACCGAGUGACGUUUUAUUUAAUGCUAAUAAAUUAUAUUACCAUCAUGCCCCCAAAUGCCCUGGUACGGCCGAGAGUGGGGAGAGUCCGCUCUCCCUCACGAAAUACUCUCACACGGCCACGCGUAUACAGACUCUGCUAGGGAAGUCCCACUCAUUGCCUUCUCACGGCGGGGGUGUUGUUUACGAAAAUGAGAGAACGAAAAGCGAAUGUCCGGCGCUUCAACCGGAUCCCAAACCAAUGGUGCACAUGGGCUCUAGUAUCCUGCGGGAACAAAUAGCGUAUGAAUCAAUCGUUGGUCACCGGCUGCCAUGGGAAUGCAUCUCCUCACGAUGCUCCACUGCCUUGUGGAUCAGACCUUUAGGUCAAAGGCUCGAGAUGUGGCCCUCUAAGAAAACCACCUGCUUCGUUUUGGGCACCCGGGCAGCAUCACAGCCCACACACAAAUAAAAUGAAAGUGAUGAUAUUUACUGAAAAUUCUAUUCUCACUUCGAUUCACAGUCAAACAAUUCACAUUAUUAUUAUUAAUAUUUGCUACGUCAUUUUCUCAUUCUUUUAUUCCCACCUUAUGUAUCCUUAUUUUUCGACUUAUACAGCAGCUCACCUAUGGUGGAAACUCAGUUCUAUCUAAACGUUCUCGAGUCACUGCCUGGUUGAAAAUUGUAUGCUACCACCAAAUAUGAGUACUCAAGCAGUUUUUCUGAAAAUACGUGCACCAUUCAAAUUGGCUGCCUUCAACGUUCGCACACUUAUGCAGGUCGGACAACAGAUAGGGCUGGCUAUGUCUUAAUAUCGACGUUUGUUGUCUAUCCAAGAUCCGUAUUUAAGACUAUAGUGAAGUACUAAAAAUUCGCUCUUCAUCUGUCGCUUCGAAAAGCUUGUUUUGCGUGCAUUUAUCCGGAAACCCUGUGGCAUCUUCGUCUGACCUUGCUGGCAUUGGUGUCACACUAAUCGCUAGAGCUGAGGCAACAUUAACCGAUUGGAUCCCCAUUAACAGUCGGUUUUGUGCUGUUAGAUUAGAAAGUUCCAUCGAAGUGAGAAGAAAUUGGCGUGAGAAACUAUGUCUUUUCGUCAUCUCCGCCUAUGCCCCGACAGAUUGCAGCUCGGAUGCAAUCAAGGAUGAGUUUUACCACCAGUUAACUGUUCUUCUCCACAAAGUGCGUUCGACAGAUAUUGUAGUACUAGCCGGAGACUUGAAUGCUCAGGUCGGGCAUCUAGGCACAGAAGAGGAUCGUUUAGGUGGGCGAUGGGGACUCGCUGGUUGCAGGACAAAUAACGUGGACCGUCUACUGCAACUGUGCACAGACCACAACCUGUUUCUGGCUAGCACUAACUUUCGGCACAGUCAUCGCCGAUGUGCCACCUGGCGUCCUCCCUCUGCAUCUCAAGCCUGAUCGCAUCGUGAUCAGCUACCGCUGGCGUGGUUGUGUACAAGACUGCCGCUCCUUUUGGAGUACCUAUCUGGACUCUGACCAUGCCCUGGUCUGCGCCAAUCUUACCUUACUUUUCAGUGGACAACGAAGUGACUGCCACCAACGGAUUGAUGUUAGCAAUCUGGUUGCAACUUCUGUUGCUAGCAAGUAUCGAACCGAGCUAGCUGCUAGGCUAGCUACCAUUCCACCGAAGAGUAUAGAUGAGCAUUGGUUGCAAUUGCAUGACGCCAUGAAAAUGGCGGGAACAGUCAGUUGUGGGUUUGCGAAACGUCCCGCUUAUAAGCACUGGGUUUCUUCUGGUUCCUUACAACUCAUUGAAGCCCGUCGGUCUACUCCGGCUGACCGUGAGUUUGACCACAAACGAAGGAUGUUACGUAAGUAAAUUGGGCAAAGCUUGCGUAAGGACCGAGAAGCCUGGUGGUCGAAGCGUGCUAAUGAGUUGUAAGCAGCAGCUGCAUCUGGUAACAACCUGAAGCUCUUCCAACUCAUCCGAGCCACUGGCAGCAAGAAGUCUGGUGUGAGCGAAACCAUCUGUGAGAAUGACGGGAUGCCAAUCACAUUCUGGAAGCAGCUCUGAUGGAUGUAAGUAAUGGUGGUGUGGAUCUGUCGCCUGGGGAAAGACUUCUCGACCUUGAGUAUGCGAAUGAUAUUGUCUUACUGUGCGAUAAUGUUCAAGCCAUGCAAUCCGCACUUAAUCAGUUGGCAAUCAAUGUCCGUAGGUAUGGUAUGUGCUUUGCACCUUCGAAGUGCAAAGUACUUCUACAAGACUGGCAGGGUUGUAAUCCUGUACUCACCCUACAUGGUGAGCAGAUAGAAGUAGUCGAGAAGUUCGUGUAUCUAGGUAGCUGCAUAAGUGCUGGUGGGGGCGUGAGUGAUGAGAUCAAUGCACGAAUAGUGAAAGCCAGAGCGGCUCCUGCCAAUAUGGGCCACCUUUGGGGCCUUCGAGUUGAGGAUGUUAGAUGACUCUCUGUGUUCGAUCAUCGUUGUCUCCGAAGGAUUGCUGACAUCCAGUGGCAAGACCAUGUCAGUAAUGCAGAGGUUCGGCAUCGUGUGUUCGGGUACAGAGAUGAUAAUUCAAUUGGUGUCACCAUCUUGAAACACCGACUUCGGUGGCUUGGAUAUGUUCUCCGAAUGUCGUCCCAGAGAAUUCCACGUCGUGCAUUAUUUGCCGACUCUGGGACUGGUUGGAAAAAGCGGAGAGAUGGUCGGUGUAUGACAUAGUGUCGUGGUAUGAAGGAAAGCUGCAAAGGACUGGCUUCUGUCUUUCCUUCACGACUCCCUGGUUGGGGUCUGAGAGAUGGUGCUACACAGUGGCUAGAGAAGUUAUCAGAUAUGGCUCAGAAUAUAAGCCAGUGGCGAUCCUGCUGUAACCUUCUUUCACUUUCUUUAUAAAAAGUGGUUGUGUCUUCCUUAACUGGAAGAUUUCUUCUGGGUGUACCUUCCAGUUUCCCCCAUUAUUAUUAUUAUUAUUAUUAUUAUUAUUAUUAUUAUUAUUAGUAGUAGUAGUAGUAGUAGUAGUAGUAGUAGUAGUAGCAGUAGCAUUAUUAGUAUUAGUAUUAUUAUUACAUUACCUCACACUAAUCUGGUCGUCAUUGUUCUUUUUUUCUUCUGCGCUCCUUACCUUCUUUUUUCCUCUUGCCAUUCUCAUUGUUUCGUGUGGCGCAUAUAUAUUUGGCGACCUCUUGGUCCAAUAUUUGUGUUCAAAUAAAUAAAAUAAAUUACAUUUUGCGGUCUCUUUAACAAUUAGAGGAUCUAAUCUUGCUUCUCAGUCUUUUUCUUUAAGGUUUCAUACCACCGUAAAAUUUAACUUUUUUCCGUCUUGUGUUCUUUUUUCUUAGAUUGUUCUAUGUUUAUAGUUUUCUUUCGGCUGUGUUUUGUAAACUGUGUAUAUCCAUCCAGAAAACACUAAGUGAUUGAAUACUUACAAAUUUUGAAUAAAUUAAAAUUUCUGAUCAUGCCAAUUCGUAAAGAAACUACACGUCAUCAUCUUAGAGAUAUAAUACACAAGGAAAGGAUUCAAAAAGCAAAAGAACGUAGAAUCAAACGGAAACAACGAAAAGAAAGUGGUGCACCGGCAGGAAUUCCUCAAACUCUUGAAUCACUUAGAACAGUUGAUGAAACAAUCGUUCCUAAAGAUGAUGAAGAAGUUGUCAUUGAACAUGAAACGGAUGAGUUUUCAUCUAUUUUUAGUGGAGAAAUUACUCCUAAAAUUUUGUUGACUCAUUCUGAUCGUGUUUGUCCUAGGACAAUCGGAUUUUGUAAAGAACUAAGUAUGUUUCUAACUUUAUUAGUUUCCAACAUUUUAAGAGGGGAAGAGUAAAUAAAACUACUUUUGUUCUUGCAUUUUUGUCGAUCAUCAUGAAGACGUAUGUGCAUUCAUGAGUAACCCAAAUUUAGUGAUUUAUAUUUCUGAAGUUCAGUUUAAAACUGUGUAAAUUUAUUGAUUUUAACAACUUAUAAUUUAUUUAUUUAUUAUUUAUCUUAACACAUAGAUAUUGGUACAACGAGGCACCAAAUACAUAUACGCCACACAAAUCUCAUUUGAUAUGUGUGAGGGCUGGGAUACUACCCGGGUGCCCAAACCGAAGCAGGUGGUUUUCUUAAGGGGCCGCACCUCGAACCUUCGGCCCAAAGGUCUGAUCCACAAGGCAGUGGAGCAUCGUGAGAAGAUGCAGUCCCAUGGCAGCCGGUGACCAACGAUUAGUUCAUACGCCAUUUGUCUACUCAGGAUACUAGAGCCCAUGUGCACCAUUGGUUUGGAAUCAGGGUUUUCCAAACCCCUAGGUGGACCCUCCAUGUCCACCAACCCGGUUAAAGCGCCGGACGUUCGCUUUCCAUCCUCUCAAUUUCGUAAACAACACCCCCGCCACGAGAAGACAGUGAGUAGGACUUACCUGGCAGAGGCUAUAUACGCGUGGCUAUGUGAGAGCAUUUUGAGAGGGAGAGCGAACUCUCCCCACUCUCGGCCGUACCAGGGCAUUUGGGGGUAAUUAAUUUACUAAAUAAACUACCAAUAAACAAUUAUCUACGUAAGAUAUUGCAUGUCUGUUGGCCGGAUAUCAGCAACAGCCCUUUGUGGGAGAGAACAAACCAGUUUCUAGCUGUAGAGAAAAUUAGAAAUAAACGCUGUAAGCGGAUAGGACAUACAUUACGGAAACCAUCAAACUACAUCACAAGGCAUGCGCUAACUUGGACUCCUGAAGGGAAACGAAAAAGAGGAAGGCUAAAGAACACACUGUGCAGUGAGUUGAAAGCAGACAUGAAAAGAAUAAAUAGCAGCUGGAAACAAUUGGGAAUGAUUGUCCAGGACAGAGUUGGAUGUAGAAUGCUGGUGAGCGGCCUUUCCUCCACUUGAGGUAAUAGGCAUAAGUAAGAUUACCGAUACACGUUGAUUGUAAGCACUAAUAGUUACAAAAUUUAGUUAAAGGCACAUUGUCUCCGAGCCACCUGAUAUAUAGAUAGUUUUUUUCAGAAAAUCUAUCAUUUUAUUUUAACUAACAUUGUUUCUAAUUUCAUAUAUAAAUUAUCAGGUCAUUCCAAAUGUUCAUCUUGUUGCACGUUGGCAUUUACCUCUUAAAAAAAUUAUCCCUAUGGCUAUUGAACGUCAAUUCACUUGUUUAAUAAUUGUUAAUGAAGAUCAGAAAAAAAUUAAUACUCUAAUAGUUAGUCACUUACCAAACGGGCCAACAGCUACAUUUCGCCUAACUAAUGUGUUACUUCGUCGUGAAAUGCGUUCAGCUAAAAAAGUCAAAUAUAUUGAAUCGAAUAUAAUACCACAUUUGAUUACUACACGUUUUAUGACACGUCUUGGUCUACGUACUGAACGUAUUUUAAGUUCAUUAUUUCCUAAUGAAAGUCGUUUACCGCCACAACCACAUAGUAGAACAAUCGUUUUUCAUAAUCAAAGAGAUUAUAUCUUUUUUCGACAUUAUCGUUAUAUACAUCGUGAUACAACUGAUGUUCAUAACGAUGAUGAUAAUGAAAAUGAAGGUAAACAUAAUACAGAACAUAUCGCAAUGAAUGAAGUUGGACCAAAAUUCACAUUGAAAUUACGUUCAAUUCAACUAGGUACUUUCGAUAGUCAAUAUGGUAAUUAUGAAUGGGUUCGUAAACGAACAGAAAUUGGUAGAAGUCGGCGAACAUUUAUCUUAUAGUUGAUAAAUAGUAUUUGUCUAUUGUAAAUAUAAUUAUUUAUUAAUUCAAUAACAUGUUUGUUUAUUUAUUCCAUAAAAAUAACCUAUUUAGUCUGCAAAUAGAUUAUAUGAGAAGUUAAAAAUGUGUAUUAAUUAGUGUUCGGUUUUAAAUAUAACUUUAGAAAACUAUCCAUUUCUAAAUCCCAACUACCACCCCUUAUCAACUAGUAAUAAUAAUGACCUAUAAUUCAAACCAGAUAUGAAAAAUUAUUUAACAAAUGCGCUAUAGACUCAACUGCCUGGUUACAAAUGCUUCGUUUUUUUAUUGAAAUCAUGAUCCGAUUUAAGUUAGACCACCAUUGAAAACGUAAAAACACUGGAUGACCGUUUACGUCUCGUCUUUACUUUAACAAUAUUACUAACACUUUACAAAUAAGUUGUAAUAAAACGUGCCUGGUGUAUUUAUUAAAACUCAAAGACACUAUUCAAUGCCGAUUUUAGCAGUAUUGAUUUUAAUCUACCAGAUUAGAGUAGAAGUUCUGAUAUAUGUACGCAGAGCUCCAAGCAUGUAAUGAACGAGAACACAGGCUGGGGACAAACAAUAAUAUUUCAACACAAAAUUACAGAAUAUCUCGAUAAAAUAUAAUAACGAUACAUACAUAUCCCAUCAAUUGUCUCAAACUUCAUUGCCACAACAGUUACUCUAUUCCCGUUCUCUUCGAUCUCAACCUUCUGAUGCUAGGUAUUCUACUUCUGAGGUGUGUUAUAUAUUACUUAUGUCGACGUAAGAAGCAUAUCGAAAUAUUGUAUUUUAUGGUAACGGAUCCAUUUGAUAUGUCUUAGUUUAUUUUUCAGAAAUAAGGUCAAGGUAUCUUAUCACGUGAAAAGUGACUUUUAGAGUAAGUCGUCAUCAUUUUAGUAACUGCAAUAGUAACAAUACCUAGUGAGUUCUACUGAAGAGCGAAACUACUAGCUAGACGAAAUAGCAAUCGAUCCCAGUCCGUUGAUGAAAAAUUUAGUUGUCCGUUUCCUAAUAUCAGACAUACAGACGUUCCCGCUUCACUCCAUUCAAGUAAAUAGAUGUCACACUCCAAGACUCGAUAUCGAACUUCGACAAAAUCUUAGGGAUAUCACAACGUUCAAACCGUAGUUUGGUGACUCAUCCAUUUUUCUUUUGAUUUUAACGUAACCAUGAUUUUUAGUUAAAACUACCUUGAGUGAAUGCUUCGGACAUCCAACAUUGCCUGGACUCUAUAUAUUGCUAACAGUAAAUAUGUCUUAAAAUAUGAAGAACGUGUGGAGCUCCAACAUGUGGUUUGAAGCUUGGUAGUAGUAAUCUGGAGUUGUUAAUCCUGUAGUGCAUAUACAGCUGUUUAGGUUUGAUGGCAACAUCCUGAAGGACAUAAAUUGAUAGUAAACAUAAUGGAUGGAUAUGCUGACACGUUAUCACUAUCUACAAUUUAGAUAAUGCUUUUGGAGAAUCUAUACAAAUCUAUUAUUCUUACUAAUUUAGGUACGUGACCAAUCCUUUUCUUUAUCCUGCACACAUUCUUGAAUGCAAAUCACAACAGAUGCACAAAUACUUCAACUAUACUAUAAAGCUAAACUUAAUGAGUACACUCAAACAUCACUAUCGAAAAAGUAUAUUAUACUGAAGAUCAUGAACUUAACAGGAAAGUGUUUAACUGCAAGACAAUUGACGAUAAAUUUACAAAUGUCAAAUAAUUUCGACGUGAUUAAUGAACCCUUAUAUGUAGAAUUAUCCAUUAGAGUAAGGGAAAGAAAAUGUCAGGAUUACGUUUUACGGGUUGAGUUAGUGUCAUGAUUUAUGUUUGUCACGACCUGACAUCAACUAUUAUUCAAUAAUACUUUUCCACCGUUUACUACACACACUUAUGAGAGUUAGGGUUGAGAUUUUAGUUAGCGUGGAAAGAAACCGUUUAGCAACACAAAUACUCUUGAAUCAGAUCAAGCACUCCGAAAUCGUCUACUUCUAAUCAGGAACAUGUUUCCUAUAAUUCAGUAUAAACACGAUGUCACACUCAUAGUUUGGUUACAUUAAUUAGCUCAACGCUAUCAGUAUAAUACUUUUAUUAUACUGUCCAUUCUAUAAAACUGACCGAACUAGAUAACUUAAGAAUAAGUAAAUGUAAUUAUUGUUUGUAUUUUCGCUGUAUAAAUAUUAAAUACUUGGCGUCUAUUUUUUGUCAAAAUAUUCGUUCUACUAAUGACAUAUAUUCGUAUAAAUACUUGGAACAUUGUAUUCUUAUAUUGUCGUUUAUACGUUUUUGUUUUGGUUCAAAGACUAUUGUUGUAGAUAUUACAUUCUUUAAAUUAUUGUUCAUUAAUUAAAGACCUAUUAAUCAGUUUAUUCUUUAACUAAUGGUGUUGGUAUGGAUAAAAUCUAAUGUUUUAUUCAUACUGUUGUUUCAUUAGGAACCUGUCGUAUAUAUAUCUGCGUACGAACUUCUUUUUCUGAAUAGACACUAGGUUGGAACGAGUUAGAUGACCAACAAGUUUUAUUUAUUAUUUGAACACAUGAAUAUUGUUACAAGAGAGCGCCAAUAUAUAUGCGCCACACAAAACAAUGAGAAUUUGAAGAGAAAGAAAAAAAAGAUAAGGAGCGUGAGAAAAAAAGGAACAAUAACGAAGGGGAUGGUGUAAGGUAGUGUAGUAAUAGUAAUAGUAAUAAUGAGGGAACGGAAAGGUACAAUCAGAAGAAAUCUUUCAGUUAAGGGAGACACAACCACUUUUUAUAAAGAAAGUAAAAGGUUACAGCGAGAUCGCCACUGGCUUCUAUUCUGAGCCAUAUCUGAUAACGUCUCUAGCCACUGUGUUGCACCAUCUCUCAGACCCCAACCAGGGAGUCGUGAAGGAAAGACAGAAGCCAGUCCUUUGUAGCUUUCCUUCAUACCACGACACCAUGUCAUGCACUGACCACCUCUCCGCUUUUUCCAACCAGUCCCAGAGUCGGCAAAUAAUGCACGACGUGGAAUUCUCUGGGACGACAUUUGUGGAACAUAUCCAAGCUACCGAAGUCGAUGUUUCAAGAUGGUGACACCAACUGCAUUAUCGUCUCUGUGCCCGAACACACGAUGCCGAACCUCUGCAUUACUGACAUGGUCUUGCCACUGGAGUCAGCAAUACUUCGGAGACAACGAUGAUCGAACACAGAGUCUUCUACCGUCCUCAACUCGGAGAGGCCAGGUUUCACAAGCAUAGAGCAAAACUGCUCUCACCGACGCGUCGUAGAUCCGACCUUUUACAGCCAGACUAACAUCACGAAGGCGCCAAAGGUGGCCCAUAUUGGCAGGAGCCGCUCUGGCUUUCACUAUUCGUGCAUUGAUCUCAUCACUCACGCCCCCACCAGCACUUAUGCAGCUACCUAGAUACACGAACUUCUCGACUACUUCUAUCUGCUCACCAUGCAGGGUGAGUACAGGAUUACAACCCUGCCAGUCUUGUAGAAGUACUUUGCACUUCGAAGGUGCAAAGCACAUACCAUACCUACGGACAUUAAUUACCAACUGAUUAAGUGCGGAUUGCAUGGCUUGGGCAUCAUCGCACAGUAAGACAAUAUCAUUCGCAUACUCAAGGUCGAGGAGUCUUUCUCCAGGCAACAGGUCCACACCACCAUUACUUACGUCCAUCAGAGCUGUUUCCAGAAUGUCAUCGAUAGUAAAGUUAAAGAGGAAUGGUGAGAUUGGGCAACCCUGCCUAACCCUACUGCUC